AUGGACAAACGCGACCCUUUGCGCAUGCGCAAGGCCUAUUUCCCUUACUUAGCAAUUGGAAGUAGAAUAACCACUGCUGAAGAUUAUAAUCUGCUACUAACGAGCCCCUAUUGAAACACUCCUGACAUCUACCUCUGUUUAAUAAGUGAGUACAAAUAUGAUAAGCCGGCAUUAGGAUUUAAUGCAGCCGAAACCAGUUGUGGAAUUGCACGUGACAUUUUAGGCAUCCUAUAGCUACUGUUGAACAGUUACGACUUUUAGUUAUUUCGAGCAACAACAAUUUGCCGUCUGCCCCCUUUGAAUUACUCUGAUUCUAACCUUUCAGAUCUGUUGGAAGGAGACAUCAUGCUGGAGAGUAUUGCCAGUUCAAGAGUAUCAGUCAAUAAGCAAAUACACCUUUGGCCAGGAGGCAUUGUUCCCUACGUUUUUGACUCUGGGUUAAGUACGUUGACUCAGUUUUUCUUAGCCCUUGUAGCUGGCAGGAUUGUUUUUGUGCGUGUGAGAGUUUUGGAGGCUUUGCCGUGAGAAAAUUCCGCACUGCUUCGCUGCUCCUCUGCCACUCGCGCUAAGAAUCCCGCCGGCCACGCAGUCUAAGUUGUUCUUAAACUAACCCUAGUUAGAAUAAUGUGUCCUGUACUAUCAGGAUCCUUGAAGAAUUUUUUCCUUGAAUAACGUUGGUAAAAAAAAAAAUUAUUAACUUGUUUUUUUCAGAGUUUAUCCAAUAAAAAAUUAAAGAAUUCGGCGAGCUUGACUCAACGCGUGUGCUGACUGACGAGCGAUGGGCGUGAUUAAAACAAAACAUCGGAGAAGCUUGUAGUUUUACAAUUAGUUAAUAAUGGCGGAAAAUUUAACAACAACUUACUUAAUUUGUCGUUGAGGAAUCCUUUCUGAGAUAGACUGCCAUAUAUGUUCUGUAUUCAGCAUGAGUCACUAGUAACCUUGUCACCUUUCUAAAAUAUUUUAUUUCGUUGACAGCGAAGCUUGCAAGAACAGUGAUAACCAAGGCAAUGCAGGCAUUGAAAACUCUUUCGUGCGUUCGUUUCAUUCCUCGGGCAAGUGAAAAGUACUUCGUUAGGUUUAUACGAGGACAAGGGUGAGAACUAUAUUUUUCAUAGGUUAUGGACUCCAGUUUGCCAAUAGAUUCGACGCAGAUGUAGUGACCUUAUGGUUACGCUAUGUGUUCUAACGUAACCUGAAAACCAGGUUAAUCCACUGAGAUUCAAACAGGCUUUGACAUAUCCUAUUUGGCACAACAUGGAAUUAUUGAUCGCGUGAGACUAUUUUCUGGCUUAAUGUGAAUUUUUAUCGCGGACAUUGAUCUCAAACUAAAAAACCGAAAAACUAGAAGGACAAAUCGGGAAUAAAGUGCACACACACAAAAACUUUCUCUCUAAAUCAGGUAUUCCCGGGUAUACCCAGAGGCAGACGCGACCAAUGACAGAGAGGAAAACUGAUCAUGCACCGGGGAUCUUGUUUAGUCUUUUCCGGGCGCUUUCUAAAAGGCCGUUUCCGAGUUGUCCAAGCCCCUUUUUCAAAGCGAGGCUAAGUGCAAGGCCAUUGAUAUGGAAAUUAUUUUUUAUUCUCAUGCUCAUUUUUACAAGAAAGGUUUUGCAUUGGCCUUGCUUGUUUCGAAAGUGAGAAUGGCUGGAACUCGAAAUAUAGCCUAUUCUCAUUUAAUUUCAUUUUCUUUGCUUACACACUCCCCUGUGAACCUUAAAAGGGAGGCCGAACCAGAUGUACAGCAAUACUGAGGAUCACGAAAGCGCUUUAAAAAGACAAGGCACUUUGGAAGGUUCAACGUGAAAAUCGCUUUUCAAGUUGAGUCUUCCCACGUGCCUUUGCGUUUCUGAAGCUUCUCCGCGAUCUCAUGCUCCGCAAACUGAAAAUUCCAAAUGACCCCCUGCCCUGCUACUACAGCCAAAAAUUCCCAGAAGCCCCUGUACCCAAGGCAGCCUUUUUUCUGCAUUUUCUGCGUGUAUGCACGCAGCUUGGACGUUUUUUUCUCUUAAAAUUUAGCUCAGCUGAUCCAAAACGUAACUAGAAAUAUGGGUAGAAGGACGCUAAAAUUAAUGGAGUUAAAAAAGAACACAAUGACGAAAAAACAAGGUCAUAGUCUACUUCAGCAUCCCAGUUUUUUACUCAAAUUAGUGGAGAGGGUAAAAAUAAGUAUACAAGGUUAAACCCCUUCCUUUUGACCUUUAGAAUUCAUUAUAUGUUCUAGAUGCUAUUCCUGUGUUGGCCGGACCUUGGACUCCAAUGGUCAAGUUGUUUCCAUAGGAUAUGGAUGUGAACACGAGGCCAUUAUCCUACACGAGUUAAUGCACACUCUGGGCUUUUUUCACACAAGCUCGAGACCGGACAGGGACGCCUAUGUCAUUAUAUAUUCAAAGAAUAUCAGACCUGGUAAGGAACAAUGUAUCAGUCCCUUAAAUUCAGGAUAUUAUACUAGUGAGUGUCUGCCACGGCAUCAGAAAGAUAGAGACCUUCAAAUUGGGUUUCGAGUAUAGUUUAGAGACCCAUAGAUUCGAGGAGUAAACAUUCCCAUAGACAUCCUGGCCGGAAAACUUCAGUUUACUUUUUUUCACCAGAAAACUUUACGGUUUCACGGUUAACUGGUAGCUUAUAAAAAUUCAUAUUUUUUUAAUAAAAAUGUUUAGGAAAGUCUGGACAAGCCUAUGUGAUUUGCUGUCAGAUAUUUUGCAGAGACUGUAUGUUGAGUUUAUUUUAAUUCAACGAAAAUCAAAUCGACGAAAAUCAAUCUAAGUUAGAUGUAUGAAAUCUUAUUCCAAAGUGAUUGGUGAAUGCUUUUAACCUCCCAUGGAAUGUUUUUGGGGGAGUUAAGAACUUCUGUUGGACUAAUUGGCUUUUGAAAUUGUAUGUUCUUUAAGGAUUUGAGGGAAACUUUAAAAAGUACAGCCAUGGCCAAGUCGACCGUUUAGGGGCACCAUAUGACUACACAUCACUCAUGCAUCUGCCACGUAAUAGCUGGAGCAUAAAGGGAAGAAAUACAAUAGAGUCACGUGCCGGACCCCACGUGGUAUUGGGUCAACGAAAGGGCCUUUCGGUGGUGGACAGACAGCAACUUAAUCAGUUGUACAAAUGUAGCAAUAAUCGAGGUGAGUUGUCGUGUCGACUGUGGCGUGUCACACUGAACUAAUGAGAAUCAUUGUAGUCGAAGACACUGAACUUAUCAUAGCUCUGAAAGGGCUGUUCAGAGCCCAGUAUUUACCUUGAGCUUAGCUCGGGAACAUUCUUAAGGCACGUCAUCGCCAUCAUCAUAAUCAUCAUGAUCAUCGUCACCAUCGUUAUCACUAUGGUUACCAUCAUCAUCACCAUCAUCAUCGUCAUCAUCAUCAUCAUCAUCAUCAUCAUCAAUUAAUUUACGGAACGCCUUAGACUUUCCACCAGCUUUGUUCACAAUACGCACACAGUUCUAAAUACAUAUUUCAUUUAGCUGGGAUUGUAUAAUUCAAUAGCAAGAGUUUCUAAAAGCAGUUCUUCAUAGAAGCGAAGAUACUUCUUGUAUAUGCAACUUAAUUCGUCGAUCAGUACGCGAAGAUGACGUACUGCAACGAAGAGACACCAGAACUAUAAUACACAGUAUUACCAUCUUGUUUUUGAUUCCUUGUUGCUCAUAAAAAAGAAUGUUUUCUAAUUUAACCCGCAACUCCGUUUUAACCAAAUGUCUUAGAUAAAAACAUGAAAACAUAUUUCAACUAUUUAUGCGAACGUAUCUUUUUCGAGGUUGUUACUUCGCUGUAGGUCUUGAAAAAGGCAAAAUAAGUGACUCGCAACUGCGUGCUAGCUCUUCCCAGCUCUACUUUGAGCCGCAUCAAGCUCGGCUACAUCUGAACGCGGGUCCGAAAGGGAAUGGCGCCUGGUGUACCGCAAGGAACGCAAUAGGAGAAUAUCUGCAGGUAAAAUUUAUGGAGAAUUUGAAUUCGCUUUGUUAAAGCAAAGAGGCACUAGCCUGUUCACAGACCCUACAUUUUGUUUUUAGAUAUCGUCGCGCGCGCGUAUGGAAAUAAAAGCCGCGGGGGAUUUAUUGACCGCAAGCUCCAGGGGCCGGGUUGGUAUUGUAAAAAAAAUAGGCGCCUUGUUGGCGCAUGUGACUACUGCUGAAGAAGAAAAGGUAUUAAAAGUAUAAUUGUUUUAAAUAGGCUGUUCUUUGGAUAGUAAUGUAUUGAAAACGGUGAAUAUCGAGCGAUCAUGGCAAGCUUUGUGAAGCUGUAUGAUGAUUGAAAUUUUGAUUUUAUUUACCUCGAAUAUAACAACUUGCUUAAACAAAUAAAGUUGAUGAUGAUGAUGAGACGAUGAAGGUAAGGUAAAGCGUGUCUGUCUGCUGAGCCUUGGCACAGGGAUAUGAAAAGAUGUUGGCAGGCAGUCAAGAGGUUAAUAUGGACUUGGUUUGUUAUAAAAAUAGGACUCAAUGAUUGGCAAAUGAAAACUUUUUAAUUUUAAAGAUUUUAAUAAACGUAUGAAACAUGAGUUAUUACAAACAAGAAUAGUAAACAGUAGUUUGCACGUCAUUGUUUUAGAAUUAUGUUUAAGUGAACAAUUUUAACAUGUUUUUUUUUGUAAAACUGGUUUUUGUAUCAAUUUUCAGUGGUGACGUGACUAAACAGAACUUCAAUCUUAGAUGUAACUACAUGUGUACAUCCUAGAGUAUGAACUGUUAUGUUAACCAAAACGUGUUUAUUUUUGUAGCAAUUCUUAACUUACUAUUAUGUUAACCCAAACCCGUUUUUUGGUUUUUGUAGCAAUUCUCAGUACUAGCAAAACUUAACAGAACUGUAAUGAUAGAUGUAACUAGAUGUACAUCCUAGAUUAUAUACUACUGUGUUAACCAAACUGGUUUUUGUAGCAAUUCUCAGUACUAAUAAAAUUCAACGAAACAGAACUGCAAUGAUAGAUGUAACUACAUGUACAUCCUAGAGUAUAUACUACUGUGUUAACCAAACUGGUUUUUGUAGCAAUUCUCAGUACUAAUAAAAUUCAACGAAACAGAACUGCAAUGAUAGAUGUAACUACGUGUACAUCCUAGAGUAUAUACUUCUAUGUUAACCAAAAUGUGUUAAUUACAUGUUAGUUACUCCUUUUGGGCAAUCUUGAGGACUACUUUGGUUGUUGUGUUGUAUGUGAAGUUUACUGCUGGAAGAUUUAAUAAACUGUUUGUGAGAAUGUCCCGAGUUAAUGUUGGCUGGCUUUUUUGGUUUUGAAUUGCCAGUAUCUGCUUGAUUGGCUCCUCAAACAAUGUUAGUUCUAGGGACUUCUCAUCAGAGAACUGUACCAUUACCUGAGCAUACCAGUGUUGAGAUGCAGGUUUAAGUUUUUGCUUCAUGUGACAAUUUUUGCACUCCAAAUAUGCUGCUCCAGUAGAUUGCUCUAGUUUCUUUUUACACUUAAAGCAAGAGAAGUACGAGUUGAUGGAAACUAUUCCCAUUAUUUCUCCUUCGACGGUUGUGGAUACAAAUUGUGUAGUGUCCUGAGUUAGUGGCACAGCUAGGAUUUCAGUAAAAUCUUCUGUGAGUCUGAUUUCAGUGCCAUAUUUAGCAGUGUUUAAGUAAAUGGUUUCAUUGUAUUUGUCCUUUCGUACAGUUACAUUGUGGAAGAUAUAUGUUCGGUUGUUUUCCACUUGGUUAAUAAAAUUCUCCCACAAUACCAUUUUCAUUGAAGCUGUAGGGUCAAGCAGAAUACAGUUCACAAGAGUUAAAUCUCCUGCUUUUUGCUGUUUGGACAUGUUGGUUAGUUUGGCCUUUACAGUUAUAUGCUGGCCAACUCGAACAGAUUUGACUGACAAAAGGGUGGUUGAAGAUUGUAUUUGUGAUCUUUGGAAGUCCAGUUCUGGAUAGUGUUCGACUAUGACAUCAUGUCCCAUCAACAGAUCACUGGUGUUUGCAUUGGUGUCUACUUUGAACCUUUUAAUUUUUAUGGGGCUCUUCUUGUCCUGAAAGUCUGCAAAAAUCUUGCGCUUACUUGGUGAGAAGCACACGGCUCGGGUAACUGAUUCAUCCCUCCCUUGCAACUGGCAUUGAAAAACUUUUAGUUAUACACAGCAGAAACAUUAUGUAUGUAUCCCACAAAUUCUUGACUUGAAGAAGGAGCACCAGUGCUGUGAGUAGCUGUUUGCUUUGAGAAAUCAUCCAUGACUGAAAAAAAGAGAAGACUAUUAAUAAAUAAAGGAUUAUUGCCUAUAAAAAAUAAAGGACACAAUAUAAGCUAAACCAAUCCUUUGAGUAUAUAAUUACUGAAAUAUAGUGGAUAUUUACCUGAUGAUUACUGUUAGGGGAGAGGGAGGGUACAGGGAUGAAGGAGUUAUAGAAAUUACUGAAUCUUUGUAGUGAUUAUUAUGAUUAUGUAGUCAUCUUUUAGUAUGGAUUGUAUUACAUCUAGGUGUGGUUGUGUCCUUAUCUGUAUAACAGGCAAGAAAAGUUUGAAUUGAAGUUAUGUUUCUGUAUUGACAUAGUUUAUUAACGCACAUAUUGUUUUGUGGUCUGAAAAAUAAGUUUCUAACAAGUGUAACUUUGCCUGAGAUUCUGGCAGGUUAGUAUAAAUGUGGUCUAUAGCUGUUUUGCUGUCAGUGGUAUACAAAGAUACUAACUGUCUGUAGUUAUUUUCUGUAAUAAAUAGAUUAUAUAAUGGAACUCUAUCAGUUUGAUUUAACCAGUUUACAUUAAAAUCUCCAAGGAAAAUAUUGUACUGUGUAGUUGUAUGUAAAAGUACCUGUCUUAAUGCAAUACACAAUUGUGUUACUGGCACUUUUGGGGAUCGAUACACACCAAUAAUGGUGAGAUGAGGUAGAUACAUGCAUUUAAUGAUAGUCAGCUCAACACCAUUCCUAUUUAAACAAUAAGGAGAGCCAGGAAUUAAUUGGAUUCUGCUGUAUACUGCUGUACCUCCAAACGGUCUUGUAGUGUUAUUAGAGUCACAGUCAUUUCUAAACAAACUAUAUCCAUCAAUGGCAUACAUGCUAUCAUGAUCUGAAUGAGUAAAUCUUGUUUCUGAAAAAAUGCUUAUGUCAGUGUUUGAGUAGUUGAGAUCUUUACGUAUAUCAUCUAUAUGUUUGUGUAAUGACCUUGCAUUAAGAUAGCAUAUUUUUUUUAAAGAAAGUGGACUUUUACUAUAAAGAGGAGAUACUGACAGACUUAGACCUGAAUUUCGUAACCGUCUCAUUUCUGUUUGUACAUCAGGACUGACAGCUAUUUUCUUUUCACAAAGAUUAGUUAUAUGUAAUCCUUCUAUGGUUUUAACUCUGCUAAGACCCACAUAAUGUAUGUGAGGUAUUGCCUUUUUAGUAUCAAAGUUAACAACUAUUCUACUCUCAGUGUCACCUUGUGAUCUGUGAAUAGUUUUAGCAGCAGCAGGCCUCAGAGGGAAUUGUUUCCUCACAACUUGAGCUGUUCUAUUUCUUCCUACAGCAAAUUGUGUAGUAAUUGGUUUGAUAGGUGUCCAAGUAGUUUCUAUACCCUGUGCAUACAAGUGCUUAUUAUCACAUCUAGUUUUUCCCCCUACAUCAGCAUGAUCAAACUGUACCCAUAUUAUACCAGAUGGUUUGUUUUUCUGAUGUAAUUGUACUUUUUAACAACAUUUCCAGCACCAUUUGUCAUGCCAUCUUCAGUUCUUAUAUUCAUUGCUAAUUCUGUUCUUUCACCUUCAGCUACAUGAAGAUUAGAGACAAUUUGUUUUGUUUUCCUUGGGUCAUCAGGUAUCUGCUUCAUUAUUUUAUCCCUAAGCUCUGAACAGCUUGCUCCUAUUACACUAUCUUGCGAUUUAAUAGAGUACUUUCUGCCUUUUGCUGCUUGGUGCACCUUUUCAUUGAAAUCAUUUACCUUUUUGUUUUGUAUAAAAAGAUGAGGAAUAUCCAUUAGGAAGUUGAGGUCACUUUUUUCAUCAAACAUUCUUCUUUAAGUUUCAGAAUGUCGUCAAUUGUAUGGAUGCCUUCUCUUAAUCUGUUCAAGAUUUCAGCAAAUAAUUUGCUUUCUCUCUGUCUCAUAAUUUCAUGUAGCUCGAACAUUUUAAAAUGUUUUUGCCAUAGGUUUGGAGCAAGGAUGCUGUAUUCUGAGUUGUCUAAAUCUUUAAAUAUAUAGCCAUCCAUGACAGGCUGAAGUUGAAAUAAAUCACCAAUAGCAAUUAUACUGAUACCUCCAAAGUCAUCCUUACUACCUUUUAUAUCUUUAAGUCUAUUGUUGAUUUGUACAUUAAACAUGGUAUUUCCUACCAUUGAUAUCUCAUCUAUGUAUAUCAGUUUCACACCUCCCAGCUGGCACCUGAGAGUAUUUAGUCUACUAGAAUCCAGUGGCUUAUAGUCUUUCAAAGAUUGACAGGCUGGUAUUGCAAGAGCACUAUGUAUUGUGUUGCCUUUGAUAUUAUAGGCUGCUUUACCAGUAGGAGCUAACAUUAAAACCUUUACUUGAUGAAAAUCAUCUCCAGCUUUGGUGUUAUAGUAUUUUAAAGCUGCUUGAUACAAGGCUUUUGUAACAUGUGAUUUACCAACACCAGCUCCUCCACUGAGAAAACUAUAGAAUGGAUCAUUGGAUGUUUUCAUAAGAUGUAAGCUAUGGUAGAAGAAUUCCUUUUGUUCUUUAUUUAGUGUCUGGACCAUAUUACGGUAUUCGCCAUCUGGUAUUUCAUUUAAUAUAAGUCGCUCAGUGUUAGCUGCAGUAGAUGGAAUGCCUAUGUCUUCUGAGAGGUCAUAGCUCUCGGUGAAAUCAGGGUGCAAAUCUUGUGCACCUUCAGCCUCAUCAUGAAGUUCUAUAUCCUGAGUAUUGGGUGCUAUCAAAUCAUAAUUAUUGCCAUUUUCUUCCAUGCUACUUAAUUUUUCUUCAAUUUCAUCUAAGUCUUGACUACAAACAGCAUAUAAUUUCAUUUGCUCCUCUAUUUGUCCUUUUAAUAGCAAGUAAUUUUCUUGGUAUGAAGAACAAUUGCCAAUCAAGUCAGUGUUUUCAUUUCUCCAUGAUGUGAAUAGCAUGAUUAAUUCUCUAUAAUGUUUUUCAGGGUCUGCUAUCUUAUUAAAACCAACACUUCUAAUAAUUCUUGCUUUUGAACGCUUUUUAUUCUUUUGACAUUUAAAUUUAUUUUGGCAAGUUGCAUUAUGAUCAUCAUCACCAUUUUCAUCAUCAUCAUCAUUUUGUUGUUCAUCAAUUGAUGUUUCUAAAAGCAGAUCAUCAAUAUCUGUUUCAAAUGACUUUUUAUCAUAUGGCUUUCCUGGUAAGUCAUACCACGCAGCCCAGUCAGCUAAUGUUAAGUGUCCCAAUUUUGCAGGACGUUUGGUAUAUCUAUCCAGUAACCCACUGGCGUAGAUUUCUUCAGAAUCGUCUUCCAUUUCUUUGAUAUCACUAAAACUUUUCAAAAGUUUAACUCUAUCUUCUGGAGGUGAGGUAUUGACAAACACUACCUGACGAGAUGAUUUCCUCAUUGGUAAUUGCAACACAAUAUAUACGGCUUCUUGUGCACUGAUUUCAACAUUGUUUAGGAAUUUAUUGCCUAUAUCUCUGACUUGUUGCUUAAUAGAAGCAUUGCCUUUUCUGGUUUCAUUACAAGCAACUCUCAAAAUUUCACUGAUGCCUUUUUGCGCUUUUGAGAUGUAAGAGACGAUAUACAUUGCACAUGCAUAAACAUCAAGAACAAAUUGAAUGUCCAUGUUUGCUCUCCAUGCACUAAGGCAAGAACUGUUGUAAUUAUUUACCCGUAAUUCAUUUGGUUGUCGUUUUAAAAAUAUGGUAGGAGAGUUUAAGCUUGACCUGAUAGCAAGGAGGUAUGUUUCCUCUGAGACAUUUAAAUUUAGAAGCAGUUGGUCAAAUGUUAUCUCUUCUCCUUCUUUCAUAUCGUUUAAUUUCUUUUUUAUAUUUUUUCCAGGUUUCUUUGAGUUGCUUAAGUUUAUUAGGUGCCUUUUCAUCUUCAUCUAUAGGGUACAGAAUUGCUGUGGCCUUCAUAGGUGGCUGGGGAUAAUUAAAUCUACAUUCUGUGUUUGAUUUUUUUUUUCGACAUGUAUGAGAAUGCC